AUGGCUACCUACCCCCCUCUUGAGGAGCGUCCCCUCAAGACGACCAUCUGCCUCUUCGACGUCGACGAGACCCUCACUCCUGCCCGUCGCCAUGCCACCCCCGAGAUGCUCGACCUCCUCGCCCGCCUCCGCCAAAAGUGCGCCAUUGGCUACGUGGGCGGCUCCGACUUCAACAAGCAGCAGGAGCAGCUCGGCGACGCCCAGACCCCGGUCACCACCCUCUUCGACUUCUGCUUCUCCGAGAACGGCCUGACUGCCUUCAAGCUCGGCCAGCCGCUGCCCUCCAACAGUUUCAUCAAGUACAUUGGCGAGGACAACUACAAGGAGCUCGUCCGCUUCGCCCUCCACCACAUCGCCGACCUCGAUAUCCCCGUCAAGCGCGGCACCUUCAUCGAGUUCCGCAACGGCAUGGUCAACAUCUCCCCCGUCGGCCGUAACGCCUCCAACGACGAGCGCAAGGCGUUCGAGGACUACGACAAGAUCCACAACGUCCGCCGCGACUUCGUCACCAAGCUGCGCGAGAAGUUUGGCCACCUCGGCCUCACCUUCUCCAUCGGCGGCAUGAUCUCUUUUGAUGUGUUCCCCACCGGCUGGGACAAGACGUACUGCCUGCGCCACCUCGAGAGCGAGGCCAAGAAGGAGGGCGGCAUCACCUACGACACGAUCCACUUCUUUGGCGACAAGACGCACGAGGGCGGCAACGACUACGAGAUCUACACCGACGACCGCACCAUCGGACACGCCGUCAGCGGCCCCGAGGAAACCAUGCGCAUCGUCAAGGAGCUUUUCGACUUGUGA